GCCAGGAAAGGGUUGUGUUUAUGGGAGGCUCCAAAUACUGGGGAUGACCGUCCCUUCCCUGGUGCUGUCUGCAUUUUAGCACGGACAUAAUGAGGUGGAGGUGGAGGUGGAGCCCAGCCUCCGAGGUCCUGAAAUAGUCACGAUGGGGGAGAACGACCCGCCUGCAGCUGAAGCCCCCUUCUCCUUCAGAUCGCUUUUCGGCCUUGACGAUUUGAAAAUAAGUCCUGUUGCACCAGAUGCCGAUGCAGUGGCUGCCCAGAUCCUGUCUCUGCUGCCAUUGAAGUUCUUUCCCAUCAUCGUCAUUGGGAUAAUUGCGUUGAUAUUAGCGCUGGCCAUCGGUUUGGGCAUCCACUUUGACUGCUCCGGGAAGUACAAGUGCCGGUCGACUUUUAAGUGUAUUGAGCUGACGGCUCGAUGUGACGGGGUGUCAGACUGCAGAGACUGGGAGGAUGAAUACCGAUGUGUCCGUGUGAGUGGUCGGAACGCCGUGCUCCAGGUGUUCACGGCUGCCACCUGGAGGACCGUGUGCGCCGAGGACUGGAAGAGUCAUCAUGCAACUGUCGCCUGCGCCCAGCUGGGGUUUCCAAGCUACGUGAGUUCAGACACCCUCAGAGUGGACUUGCUCGAAGAGCAGUUUCGAGAGGACUUCGUGUCCAUCAAUCACCUCUUGCCAGAUGACAAAGUGACCGCUUUACACCACUCGGUGUACGUGAGGGAGGGAUGUACCUCGGGCCAUGUGAUUACCUUGAAGUGCUCAGCCUGCGGUCUGAGGAUUGGCUCCAGCCCCCGCAUCGUGGGUGGAAACACAUCUUCGCUGGCACAGUGGCCCUGGCAGGCCAGCCUGCAGUUCCAGGGCUACCACUUGUGUGGAGGGUCCGUCAUUACCCCCCUGUGGGUUGUCACCGCUGCCCACUGUGUUUAUGAUCUCUAUCUCCCCAAGUCCUGGACCAUCCAGGUGGGCCUUGUUUCCCUGCUAGACAGUCCAGCCCCCUCCCAUCUGGUGGAAAAAAUCAUCUACCACAGCAAGUACAAGCCAAAGAGACUGGGCAAUGACAUCGCCCUCAUGAAGCUGGCCGGGCCUGUCACUUUCAAUGAGAUGACCCAACCAGUCUGUUUGCCUAACUCUGAAGAGAACUUUCCUGAUGGAAAAUUGUGCUGGACAUCAGGCUGGGGGGCCACAGAGGAUGGAGGUGACGCCUCCCCGGUCCUCAACCACGCAGCCGUUCCUCUCAUCUCCAACAAGGUCUGCAACCACAGGGAUGUGUACGGUGGCAUCAUCUCCCCAUCCAUGCUCUGCGCUGGCUACUUGAAAGGCGGUGUGGACAGCUGCCAGGGAGACAGCGGGGGUCCCCUGGUGUGUCAGGAGCAGAGGGUGUGGAAGCUGGUGGGAGCCACCAGCUUUGGCAUCGGCUGUGCCGAGGUGAACAAGCCUGGAGUCUACACGCGCAUCACUUCCUUCCUGGACUGGAUUCACGAGCAGAUGGAGAGGGACCUGAAAACUUGACAGGUGAGAGGCAAGUGACCACCAUGAGUUCCUGCCAAGAUGGAGACAAUCCCAUCCUUCCGUGGAUUCUAACAGCAGAGCCAAAUGAAGGAGCAUCUUCUCAUCCCUCCACAUCUAGAACAGAUUUCUUCUAUCAUCUCUGACAAGCCAGAGGGGCAUCAGAAUAAAAUGAUCCUGAACCUCCUUUUUCUGAUCUUCCCAAGAACAGGAGCAGGAACACCUCCAAAGCGCUACCUUUUCCCACUUUUCCAUCUGGUUUCCUCCCUCACAAAGCCCUUCAGCAAAGAUAUGCAGUCAGGACCUACAGACGUGCAGUCAGUGUAGACACAGAUGUUCACACAUUUUAUCCAGGUACCAGAACAAAACCGAUUUUUUUCUACCAGGAUCUCCUUUAACACACGGGAAAUUAUAGGUGAUUUUAGUUUUGUAGUCUUUGGUACUCGUUGUUUCAUUGUCUCUUGCUUCCAAAGGACAUAGAAUUUCUUAGCAAGUUCAUCACUCGGAGUUUAUUGAAUGAAUCUUGAUUGCUCAUGUAAGCUUGAUUCAAGAGGCUUAAUUCAUUUGAUCUGUUGGAACAGAUUUAUUGGGAGAUUGGAAUCAUGUCCUAUUACAUCAGAGUAGUCAGAAGCAGAGCAAGAAAAGAAAGGAAUAAGUCAGGACCACCUAACUCCCACACAAUGUUACCGAAGGCCAACUAGGCAGUCUCAUGUCAUUAAGACACUAGGGCUUCUCUACCUCUCCACAUGGGCCUGUUAAAUCUCCCGCACAGCUGCAGGUUAGAGGCUCCUCCUGGUACCCACCCAUCCCCUGAAGUCCCCAUAGCACACGCAUAACAGAGGAAGAUUCCUUGGUAAGUAAUCAUUGUCCAGUGGUGCUUUAUCACAAGUGACUUUAUUAGAAUAUGAAUCUGUGGUUUUGCUCUGAGGCAACAGUGGGAAAGGUGGGUGAGUUUCAAAGAGAUCAGAGAUAGGUUCAGGUGCCUGGGGAAGGGCCAGCUCCAGGGAGCCUCCUGAGCCACGUGUUAGAGGGGGUGGAGGAAGACAUGGAGGGGGAGUUCAGGGCAAAUUACUAGGACACACUUCACUGUAUCAGAGUUCCUGCACAGAUCUCUCUACAUGUCAGAAAGUGACAAGACCAUUUUUGAGUAUUUCUGCCCAGCUCUCUUUGAAAGCAAUGGUAGCUCACAAAAGCAUCUUGAGAAGGAUCAACAAAGUUGGAGGUAUCACACUCCUGAUAUCAGAUACAAAGUUUCAGUCCUCAAAACAGUAUGGUACUGGCAUGAAAAUAUAUGUCAAUGGAACAGAAUAGAGAGCCCCGAAGUAAACCUGCAUUUAUAUAGGCAAUUAAUCUACAAAAGGAGGCAAGAAUACACAAUGGGGGAAUGGACAAUCUCUUCAGCUAAUGCAAAAGAAUGAAAGUGUCCUACUUUCACACCAUACACAAAAAUAAGCUCAACAGGGCUUAAAGACAUAAACGUAACCUGAAACUACAAAAUUUGUAGAAGAAAACAAGGGCAGUAAAUUCUUUGAAAUUAGUAUUAGCAUCAUUUUUUUAACCUGUCUCCUCAGGCAAGGGCAAGAAAAGCAAAAAUAAAUCUUACUAAAAAGCAUUUUGCACAGCUAAGGAAAGCAUCAAUAAAAUGAAAAGGCUGCCUACUGAAUGGGAGAAGGUACUUGCAAAUGAUAUAACCAAUAGAGGCUUAAUAUCCAAAAUAUACAAAGAACUCAUACAACUCAAUAGCAAAAAAAUGCAAACAAUCCAAUUUUUAAAAUGAGCAGAGGAUCUGAACAGACAUUUUUUCCAAAGAAGACAUACUGAUGGUUGACAAACACAUGAAAAGCUGUUCAAUGUCAAUAAUCACCAGGAAAAUGCAAAUUAAAACUACAAUGAGUUAUUACCUCACUCUUCUCAGAAGGGCUGUUAUCAAAAAGGACACAAAUAGCAAAUGUUAGUGAGAAUGUGGAAUCCUUGUGCACUAUUGGUAAGAAUGUUAAGUUGGUGCUGCCACUAUGAAAAACAGUCUGGAGGUUCCUCAAAAAACUAAAAAUAGAGCUACUAUUUGAUCUAGCAAUUCCACUUCUGGAUAUAUGUCUGAAAAAAAAACAAAACAAAAGCACUACUCAGAAAAGAUACAUGCACCCCAGUGUUGAUGGCAGCCUUGUUUAUAAUAGCCAAGAUACGGAAGUGUCCAUCAGCAGAUAAAUGAAUAAAGAAGAUGGGGCAUACACGUACAAUGGAACAUUAUUCAGCCAUAAAAAAAAAAAAUGGAAUGUUGCCAUUUGUGACAAGGUGGAUGGAUCUUGAGACUAUCAUGCUAAAUGAAAUAAAUUAGACAAAGACAAAUACAAAAAAAAAAUAAAGGAAAUAUUUCACUUACACGUGAAAUCUAAAAACAAAGCAAACGAACAAACAGAAAAAGACUAUUAUAUACAGAGGACACCUGGGUGGUCGACGGAGGGGAAGAGGUUGAGGGUUGGGUGAAAUGGGUGAAAGAGAUUAAAGGGGACAAACUUCAGUUAUAAAGUAAAUAAGCCACAGGGAUGUAAUACACAGCACAUAUAUAUAGUCAAAAAUACAGUAAUAUGUUGGUAUGGGGACAGAUGGUAACUAGACCUACCCCAGUGAUUGUUUAGUUACUUAAUAACGUAU